CGGGGCGAGGGAGGGGUUGUGCGCGGUCCCUGGGGAAGCCCCCUGCCCGGCCCGGCCCGGCCCUGCCCUGCCGGGACGGAGCGGGGAGGCGCCGCGCUCUGGGCAUGGGUGCGAGCGGCGCUGUGCUGGGCGCUCUGUGUUCAGUGUCGCAGGUGCGGAGCGCCGGGCGCCCUCGGCCCGCAGGCGGGAUGCUGCUCCGGGAGCUGCUGCUGUUGCUGCUCCCCCACUGCUGCUGGCCUCCCCUGCCGCUGGCGCUCCACCCCCUGCGGGGCUUCAUCCAGAUCACUCAGGGUGAACCCCAGAAGUCAUGUUCCAAAGCUGUAGCAGAGAAAGUUACGGAGAGUUGUCAACAAAUUUGCCAGUGUAGACCACCUCCUCCUUUACCACCCCCUCCACCACCUCCACCACCGCCAAGGUUGCUUGUAGUCCCAACUACAAAGUCUACCUACUGCCCGCCUGAGGGGACCUGGUGGCCAGGCCUGAUUAUUAUCAUUGCAGUAUGCUGUGCCACGCUAGUGUUCCUCAUUGUAGUUGUCAUCAUUUGCUACAAAGCCAUAAAAAGGAAACCACUGAGAAAAGAAGAGAAUGGAACAAAUCGAGCUGAAUAUGCAAUGACCUCCUCCCAAAACAACAAAACAGUUGAUAAUAAUGCAGUUGUAUAAUCUCUGAGACCCACCCCCCCACGAUGCUGGAGGUGUUAAACUUUCAAAGCACACACGCAAGUAUGCAAGGUGGGUGAAAUAAGGAAAUGAAAGGUGCUCUGUGGCCAAGGACUUCAUUUCAGAUAUAGUGCACGCAUCAGUUAUUCAGAGAAGAAAAGGAGACUGCUCUUCAGGCUUGCUGAUUGUCAAAGGGAGGAUAAACUUGCCAAUCAGGGCUAUCCAGAGAAAAGACCUCACAAAGGCAUAAUCAUUGCAUGCUGCAGCUGUUGAAAGCAACAUCACGAUGCCUCCAGGUUCCUCCUCUUCUUUUUUUUUUCUCUUUAUUUUUGAUUGACUGUCCACAAAGAGCUGCUUAAGUAGAAUCCUUUGAUGUGAAGGUGAUCUGCCAGAGUGGCAGCAACUUAGUAUAAAUGGGUCUGAGGUUCAGAGGGUGGAAGUCAUCACCUGCAUGCUUCUCUGGCUUGCACAGCAUUUUCAUUUACAAGCUCCCAGCUUUGUAUGCUUAAAUAACAAUUAUUAUUUUGUUAUGAAAAAGGGAAAAAGGGUUUUGUUAAUCCACCAAGCAACCAAAAACUGCAUGAACUUGUGAAUUAACCCAGGAAAUAAAUCUGCAGUCUGGUGACUAUGCAAUUUCCAUGGCUGAAGACUUUUCAGGCAAAAGAAAUCCAAGUAGGAUCAUUAGCAAUUAGCAUUGCUAAUGAAAGAUAGAGGUAAUAUUUAAAAGGUGCUUUGAACACUGUUAUUUCAUAAUCAGCCUCUUUUUUUACUGCAUAGCUUUUAAUUCUUAGCUUUACAAACAUUUCUAGUUCUCUUGUCCUCUGUGAAGUUCUGCACAUUUACUGUCUUUGCACCACACAGAUCUGUCAGAGAAUCCCUCUAGAAAGGAUUUUGUUUACAUUUUGGAGUGAAUAUAUGGGCUCAGUUGUGAUAAAAGGACUAGCAGCAGUGGAAACUGAAGCCCUACUUAUCCUCUGAUUAGCUGCUGGGCAAGAGGAGGAAAAAAGGGUGUCAAGGUUUUAAGUUUUCCAAGUUGUCCCACUAAGGACUUCAUAGACCUGACAUAGAGGGCCAUUUACCAGGGAUUGUUAAAUCAAUGUGCCCGUGUUAGCUCAGUUCUCUGCCUUUCCUGAGCAGAGACUGCCAACUGUGCCAAAUUAUAUGCGAUAGCUUUGUGAUGUGUCUUUUUGUGAUGUGGAUUGCAGACAACUUGAAGCAAAGCUGAAUCCACCAAACUCAUUUCACUUAGGAUCUCAGGUUAGACUCAGUCAGUAAUCCCCUAGAAUAAAGGCCAAUGUUUAAUCUACAGUGCCCUGCCUUCCUGAAAUAGGAUGUUUAACAUUUUCUUUUCUGUCACACAUUCAUUUUGUAAGUCUCCAUUUAUCACUGUGCUGAAAAUACAAUUCAGUGAAAAAAAUAUGAACCACACUCUGACUUGUUGUCUUGCUGUCAAACUUCAAUAAUACUCUGUCUCUUUGUCUUUGAGCAACUCAAGCAAGCCAAUGCAGCCUCGCUGCAUAAAACGACUGCACCUUGGCAUUUGAGUAUUUCAGUACUGAAAUACAUUGAUACUUUAAAUAUUAUAUGAAGAUGUGUCUGAGCAGCAAAAUGUGCAUCUGAAUUUUGAAUCCUCCAGAGCAUGUGGUUUCCCAGAUCUGGUGUUCAACAUUUAGGCCAUUACAGAUAAGGAGAAGCUAUAAAAUUUGGACUCUGAAGCUCUUUUCCUCCAUACAGUUUGAGACAUUCAGAUCAGCAGUUUUUGCUCAGACCCAUAUUUGGUUUUCUAUUACCCGAUGAACAGAUAGGGUAUAGGUAAAUAUCUGUAUCCUCUCACUGACAAAACAGUGCUGCUAUAUACUGUUGUGAAGGAAUCUAAGGAGUUAUUUAUUUAGCUUUUUAGCCUGUAUACCCCUAUGUAGAAAUUUAGCUACAUGAAUAUUAUUUUUUAAAAGUCAAGAUGUUCUUGAGAUGGAGCAAUUUUUUAAACAUAUGUGAAAGGGAGUAAAGAACCCUUCACCCCAAGAAUAUGAUCAUGUAUCUCACUGCAGUAAUUUAUAAUGUAUGUUUGCACAAAAUACAGUGAUAUGUUUUUAGAUGCAGGUGGGAUCAACCAUAAUUUAAUUUACUCUGUAAAUCUUGCAUCCCAAAUGUUCAUUGCCUGAGGCACAUAUUGCCAAAAUACUACCAUAAAAACAUUUUAAAUAUCUUUCUAAGGGUUUUUUUAAGCCAUACAUUUAUUUUUGGUGCAUUUCCUUCAUGUUUUUCUUUUGUUUUUUCUGUAUAAUUGUGCCAUUGUUUGAGACUGGUUACAUGCUGAACUGAGACUAUACAAUAGAAAUCCAGAUAGGUUUAGCAUGAUUCAGGCUCAGGAUUAGCACUUUCUCUUACUGGUCCUUGAUUUUCUUUAUCUCCUAGCAAAGCUUUAAAGGCAUGUUCUAUAAGGCCAAGGUCACAAAGGGAUUUGCAGAUCAUUAAGUCCAUCAAAACGUGUCUGUUUUUGUAAGAUGUCUAAGGAAAGGUCAUGGGGCUCAGUCUCACUCUCACUGAUGUCAGUGGCAAAAAUCAUAUUGUCCUCAAUGGGAAGAGAAUCCAACCCCUAUAUAAUCUAUAAACAGAGUGAAACAUAAAGCUUCAACAGUGAGCACUGGGUAGGCAGUAUGUUUCAAUGAACACUGGACAUGGGAUUCUUGCAACAAUGGUUUUAUUCCCAGUUUUGCUACUGGCCUCCUUGGUGACUUGUGAUGAGUCAUUUUGUCACUCUGUGCCUCAGUUUCCCCAGCUAUGUAAGAAGGAUAACAAGACUUACAUUCCUUAUGGCAACAGGUUUAGCUCUACAAAUGAAGAGCACCAUAUAAGAGCUAAGUGUCAGUGGUGUUAUGAGAAAGUUUGGAUCUGAGGAUAGAUUGAAUUCCUAUGGAAUAAAUGUGCUUAGGCAUGUGAAGCUUUAUUAAUUUUCAUCUGGAUAUUCUUGCUGAAUAGUCAGUCCCAAUAUUUAAAAAGGUAACGGCACUCCAGAUUCUUCUCUCAUCCAUUGGCCAAAUUAAGAACUUUUCUCUCCUUUACCAAAGAGCCAUUACUCUGAAAAUUCUGGUUAAAUUCAUUGCACCAAAAUUUAAAGUGAGAGGUGUACUGGAUAAAGAAGCAGAUUUCAGUCUUUAGAAAAGAGAGACCAAUGAGGUUGUGCUUUUGGGGAUUAUUUCUGAAGCUUUCUGAUGUGGCUUGGGGUUUUGUUUAAUGCUCUCCAGGUUACUUGCAACACUUAUUAUCCAUUUAAUUAAAUGCAAAGGAAAUAAUACAAAGAAAAUAUACCAGUUGUGCUGAAUAAAGGCUUCACUGGCAUAAUGAUCCCUUAGCGCAAGAACUGGCAAUUCAUAGUAGAGGUCUAGAGGCAUUUAGGGACAUGUUUACAUGUGCUCCGAGUUGGGGGUGAGGGUCCUUUAAUUAGAACUGCUCUUGGGAGCUACUCUAAUUAAAGUGCUGACAGCAUCAUGUGUUUUCAGCAUCCCAUGCUUCAAAAUGGCAGUGGGGGUGCUUUAGCUAAAGCUUAUUCAGUGUUCAACAAAUGUUCAACAUAAACCACAUCCACCGCCACCCAUCCCCCCCAUACCAUUUUGAAGCACGGGGAUGGUGAAUGCACUUGACAUGGAGGCUGUGCAAACUCAGUUAAUUGAGUCUGCUCUGAUGCAUGCUAAUUAGCAUGCAUCGGAGCUGACAUCCAGCACAUGUAUAGAUGCACUUAAAGCUUAUUUCUAUCCUCCCUUAUGGUAAGAUGUUGAAAGGCCCUGUAAUAGCUCAGUGCACCUAAUCGAACAGAGGCUCACAGUAGCAUAAUUAGAAGUGGGCACUGACUUGGGGCACAAAAUGGAGGAUGCCAUCACUGCCACCCAGGGCACAAGAACACCUCUGACUCCUUAACAGAUAGAAAGUGAUUUGUCUGUAUUGAACUCAAACUGACUGACCUACACUAAAUUUGGGGCUUCAGUUAGUUUUUUUUAGAUGUACCUAGUUCUGUUAUUGGAGUAGGGCCUUAUUUAGAAACCACAGCUCUACCCCUUAAUCAUAGUCAGACAUACAGGUAAAACAUCCAAAUGUUUUGUUAAGUCUGAAGACAGAGGAUUAACUGAAUUUUCUUUAAGCACUCAUUUUAAUUAAAGAAAUGUUUGGAAUCUGAAGUCCUGUAUCUGAGACCAGCACUUUAAGAACCUAAUCCUGUAAAGUGCUGAACUCCUCCAAGACUUGGUGAAGUUAAAGACAGUUGAAGGAGCUCACCACUUUGCAAGAGGUACUCAGAACCUCCUGCCUCGGACCCACCACAAACACAUGGCCAGUGUGGAUUCCAGACCUUCCUUAGUACCUGCAAAAACAGACUUUAAAAGAAAAGACAGAGUGACUAAGUUUCAGAUAGAAGCAUACAUAUAUAUGCAUACAUAGCCCUAAUUCUCUACCGCGUUGGUGUUCUUGUUUACACCGUGCCAAGGGAAUAUAAAUUGUUCUAACUUGGUAGCAUUUUACACCUAUUUUGCAUUCAAUUUUUCCAGGUGUAAAAGACUGCACAUGUCACAAAACAGUGGAGACUGGGGACUGGUAUAAUUAUACAUAUAUAUGCAUCCAUUCACAAUACUUCCUGCAUCUGUACAAACACAAUAUAUGAUUUUAAACUCAAAGAUAGUGUGUUAAAACUAAUGCAUGAAUGUAAAUAUUCUAAGAUCUGCCUUCUUGACUGUGUACCACAUGUACAGAUGAAAACAAAUCUUGUUUAUAGGAAAAUCUGUAUCAGUGGUUAAAUGACUAAAGAGAAAAAUAUCAGAAUUAAUGUUGUCAUGUUUCUCAAACAAGCCAUUAAUGUAUAUUUAGCAUUUAAGGAUAUUGCUCAAUAAGUAUAUUCUGUACCAAAAACUGUGCUGCAUAUACAGAUUGUGCAGUACCCUAUUUUAAAAAGGCACCAUAAUUAAUUUUUAUUUUAAAUAAAAAUGU